UUAAUAAUAUCACUUCAGUUUUAUAAUGGAUAUUUUUUAGAACUCUCUGCCUCUUGAAAAAGCAGUUACCGAAGUCGCAACAAAAACGAACAAGUCUUUAUAGAGAUCGAGUGAGGGAGAGAAAAAGAACUAGUCGUUUGAGAGAGAGAGAUAGAGAGAGAGGGGGGCAGCUAUGGAGGAAAGACAACAACAAGUUUACUUGGCUAGACUCGCAGAGCAAGCUGAGAGAUAUGAUGAGAUGGUUGAAGCAAUGAAGCAAGUUGCAAAAUUGGAUGUGGAACUGACCGUGGAGGAGAGGAAUCUGGUGUCAGUUGGGUAUAAGAAUGUGAUUGGGGCAAGAAGGGCAUCGUGGCGAAUUUUGUCAUCUAUUGAACAAAAGGAGGAGAGUAAGGGGCAUGACCAAAAUGUGAAAAGGAUCAGGGAUUACAGACACAGGGUUGAGGAUGAGCUUGCAAAGAUAUGCAGUGACAUAUUGUCAGUAAUUGAUGAGCACCUGCUCCCAUCUUCCUCUACAGGAGAAUCAACCGUUUUCUACCAUAAGAUGAAGGGAGACUACUGCCGUUAUUUAGCUGAGUUUAAAGCAGGAAAUGAUCGUAAAGAGGUGGCAGAUCAGUCACUCAAGGCUUAUGAGGCUGCCACUAACACUGCUUCCUCAGAUCUGCCCCCUACUCAUCCAAUUAGACUUGGGUUGGCUUUGAACUUCUCUGUCUUUUACUACGAGAUAUUGAACUCUCCUGAAAGGGCUUGCCACCUGGCUAAGCAUGCAUUUGAUGAGGCUAUUGCAGAACUUGACAGCCUUAACGAAGAAUCGUACAAAGAUAGCACUCUCAUUAUGCAGCUUCUUAGGGAUAAUCUCACGCUGUGGACCUCAGACCUUCCAGAAGAGGGAGGGGAACAAUCCAAGGGUGAUGAGCCUUGAAGGGAGUGUCUGUUGGCGUAGAAGACAUCAGAAUUCGUCGAGACUGUGGGCUUCAUGAUGAAGAGGUGGUGCUUUCAUGUGGAAAUUAUUGUGUUAUUCAUAUGAAUAUAGGGUUAGGGACAUUUGGCUUGUAUUUCAUCCGUAUUCCUUGCUUUCCCAAGAUUAUCUGUGUUCAAAUUAUAAUGAUACCAUUCACUAUUGCGACUGUGAUGUGAAUUCUUUUAAGGUACAGCUUCAGCUUUCUUUUCACCUUGGUCAUAAACACGAGUCCAAAGAAUAUGUGAUUAUAAUGGUUAUCAAUCACACAAUAAAAUUUG